AUGAGUGACGAGGAAGAAGAAGUUGAAGAAGAAGAAGAAGAAGAAGAGUAAGAAGAAUAAGAAGAAUAAGAACCAUAGAAACAAGAGAAUGACGAAUUAAAUGAGUUUCGAAAAUAUAACUCUCAUUCUUCAUAUGCUAAUAUGCACAAGUACCCUAAACAUAAUAAUGAUCACAAUCCACUAGCAUAUUAUUAUCAAAGAUAAAUACCAAUUCCUUAUUAACCUUCCCAAUAUUGGGUGGAUAGAGUUCAAUAUCAUUAACAAGAAAUAGAUCGAGCAAAAUAAGUUUUAUUAAAUGUGUAAAAGCCUCAGCCUAAUAUGUACAACUAUGGUAGGUCUUUGAACUAUCAACCUAACAAUUCACCACUUCCACAAAGAGUGUAAAUAGAAUCACAAAGGUCUCAUAAUUAUAAUCCAUUAAUUCCUCCAAAUCAACAGCCAUCUUAUCAUUUUGAAUCAAGAGAUUUCAAUCGAUAACCCCAACCUUAUAAUCCUAAUACAUAAGCUUCAAAAUACAAUCCUUAUCCAGCCCCUCCAUAAACGAGUUAUUCACCCCCAUCAUAAUCAAAUUACUAUCCUCCUCCAUAAAAUGAACCCCUGAACUAAUAGUUUUCUGGCAAUCCUACUAUGAACCCCUAUUAUUAGCCGUAAUCUCCUUAUCCAAAUUAUUAUCCUCCUCCUCCAUUUGCCUAUGUUCCUCCUCCUUAUGACUUUCAAUAAGAUCUCAUGAAAGAGUACCCAAAGAUCAAUCCCCAAAAAAGUAAGUAAGUGUAAACUGAAGCAAUACAAGAUACACCUUAAUUACCGACUGGUGUCUCUUAAUAUCAGCAAGAGAAACCAUAGGCCUUUUCCUAAUAGAAUAUAGCUCCAACUCAACCUCUAACUGAAACAGAACUAGAGUAUAUAGAAUUUUUAAGAUUCAAAGAAUUUAAUCAAAAGCAGCAAUAAUAGAUUGAUGACUAAGAUUUUUAAGAGUUCUAAGAAUUUAGAAAACUCAAGCAAUUACAAUUAUUCAAGUAAACAGUCGAUCGAGAAGAAGAAAAGCGAUCGUUGACUGAUCUCUAUAAGAGAAAAAAUAGAUAAGUCUAUUCAGAAUAAGAAUUUAAGUCUUAAUUGGAUAAGAAGAGAGAUUAUCAAUAGUUUUAACAGGCUUAUAAAAAACCGCUCUAAUAGGAAACAAAUCUAGAGAUAGAUAGAGCAAUCAAUGCUUUGAUGAGAUCAUAGACAGGCACAAACAAGGAAUUUUUUAAAUGA